CUGCGUUUUCUCACUACCCUUAAAGAGCAGCUGGAGAAGCGGCAUUAGGUACAGUUAGAGGUCGCUGUUGAUCAGGUAUGGCUGCGAAGCUCGAAGUAUUUUGUGGUAGUUCUGCAUUUUGGGAUGUAGAAUUGACAUGGAACACCACCAACCCAGACUUCACAGCAUGUUUUCAUAAAACAGUGUUGUUGUGGAUCCCAUUUGGUUUUUUGUGGAUAAUGGCCCCAUUUGAAACAUAUUACCUGCUUAAAAGUACAAGUCGUUUUAUACCAUGGACAGGAAUCAAUGUUUCCAAGCUUGUAACUGCAUCAGCUCUAUCCAUCCUUGCUCUUGCUGACCUCAGCUAUUCAGUCCAUCGCCAUGUUUCCUGGGGCUGGGAUGUUCCAUCAGCAGAUUAUUAUGCACCAUUUAUCAAACUGGUUUCAUUUCUUCUUGUGAUAGCAUUCAUUGUAGCAGGAAGGCUUCGUGGAAUAAUCAGUUCAGGUAUAUUGUUCCUGUUUUGGCUUAUUCUUGUCAUAGCAAGUGCUUUCACAUACAGAACGGUAAUUAAACAAGCACUAGAUGAGGACUCAGUGGAAGAUAAAUUUGAUUUUACAAUCAAUAUGAUCUACUAUCCCUUGGUUGUUGCCAGCUUCCUUCUCUCUUGUUUUGCUGAUGCCAAACCGCACCAUCGCCAGUUUAAACCUGUUUCUGAUGAGAAAGAAUGUCCAGAACAGUAUUCAUCUUUCCUAUCUAGGUUACUUUUUUCAUGGUUUACUAAGUUAGCUAUUCAGGGAUGGAAAAGGUCUUUGGUGUACCCAGAUUUGUGGUCCUUGAAUCAUGAAGACAAAACAGAAAAUGUUCUUCCAAUAUUUGAUAAUUUCUGGCAAGAACAUUUAUCCAAAUGUCAGUCCUUAUCAAGGUCAGCAGCUUACAGUCGAAGAAAAAAUGAUGAAGUGAAUUUCUUACAUGAGGAUAAGAAUAAAAACAGACCAAACAUUGUUAUAGCACUUUGCAAAACCUUUGGCCCAUUUUUUCUGUCAGGAGCUGUUUUUAAAUUAAUUCAUGAUAUUUUGCAGUUUGCUACCCCAAAACUUCUUAAGCUUUUGAUAGGCUUCAUUUCAAGUAAUGAACCUUUAUGGAAAGGAAUGUUAUAUGCUCUGUUGAUGUUCAUAGCAGCCACAAUCCAGUCCAUCACUUUAUCGGUUUAUUUUCAUCGUAUGUACAUUGUAGGCAUGAGGAUUCGUACAGCUCUUAUAUCAGUUAUUUACAGAAAGGCUUUGGUCAUGUCCAGCAGUGCUAGGAAGGAGUCAACCAUGGGAGAGAUUGUUAACCUUAUGUCUGUGGAUGCCCAGAGGUUUAUGGACUUGAUGACAUUUCUGAAUAUGUUGUGGUCAGCUCCUUUACAAAUACUUUUAGCAUUGGUGUUUUUAUGGGAUGAGCUUGGACCUGCUGUACUAGCUGGCCUUGGAAUUAUGAUUCUCAUGAUCCCCAUCAACGGAGUGAUAGCGAGUCAUACCAAAAAGCUACAGGUAAAACAAAUGAAGACAAAGGAUAAAAGGGUUAAAAUGAUGAAUGAAAUUCUUGGAGGAAUCAAAGUCCUGAAGUUGUAUGCCUGGGAAGAAUCUUUCCAAAAACAGGUCAAUGAUACAAGAAAUAAAGAAGUGCAAGAUUUGAAGAAGAUAGCAUAUUUAAAUGCUGUUACUUCAUUUCUUUGGAGCACAGCACCUUUUCUGGUGGCACUAGCAAGUUUCACCGUUUAUGUUCUGGUGGAUCCUUAUAAUAUUCUGGAUGCCCAAAGAGCCUUUGUUUCCAUUGCUUUAUUUAACAUUCUUCGAUUUCCGAUGAUCAUGCUUCCAUCUUUGAUCACAAUGCUUGUUAUGGCCAGUGUGUCUGUCAAAAGGAUGAAUAAAUAUAUAAGAAGUGAAGAACUGGAUCCUUAUGUUAGUCAUGAUGAUCAUGAAGUUGAUCCUAUCGUAAUUGAACAUGGAACUUUCACAUGGAGCCGUGAUGAAGCCCCUGUAUUAAAGGACAUUAACUUGCGUAUCCAUCAGGGUAUGUUGGUUGCGGUUGUGGGCCAAGUAGGUGCAGGAAAGUCUUCUUUAUUGUCUGCACUUCUUGGUGACAUGGAGAAGUUAGAAGGUCUAGUCAAUGUAAAAGGUUCAGUUGCAUACGUGCCCCAGCAAGCCUGGAUCCAGAAUGCUACAGUAAAGGAUAAUAUUCUGUUCGCUCAACCCUUGAAUGCUAAACUAUAUAAAGAGGCAAUUGAAACGUGUGCUCUUCAAUCUGAUCUUGACAUUUUACCAGGUGGUGACCUUACAGAAAUAGGAGAAAAGGGAAUCAAUUUGAGUGGAGGACAGAAGCAACGAGUUAGCUUGGCCAGAUCAGUGUACAGUGAUGCUGACAUCUAUAUCUUGGAUGACCCAUUAAGUGCUGUAGACUCGCACGUGGGAAAACACAUCUUUGAGAAAGUGAUUGGACCACAAGGUGUAUUGAAGGAAAAGACCCGCUUGCUGGUGACCCAUAGUAUUUCGUUCCUGUCAGAAACAGAUCUGAUUGUUGUGAUGAAAGAUGGAAUGGUUUUAGAGCUUGGAAGCUACAAGGAACUGCUUGAAAAGAAAGGAGCAUUUGGUGAAUUCCUGCUUCAGUACUUGCAAGAAGAUGUAGAGCAAGUUGAGAAUUUUGAUCCAGAAGAAUUAGAAGCGAUAGAAGAGAUUGUUUCAAAAGUUGGUUCUCCAGAAUUAGAACGCCAGUUGUCCAAGAUGGACUCUGAGAGUGGAGAUACUGAACAACAACGUAGGGAAAGACUUCGUUCUCUCUCCCAACAACUGUCUAUUAGUAGCAGUCAUAGUGAAUACUCUUCACCUUCUGGUAACUUCUCAGGAAGUAUAAAAAGAAAAGAAUCUACUUCUACUUCAGGAAAGUUUAUUGAUGGAAAGAUAGCUGAUGGUCGACCUGUCCAGUCAAAAGAUGGCACGAAGCUAAUACAGUCAGAAACUGCUGAGACAGGAGAAGUUAAGUUGUCUGUAUAUGUGACAUAUUUCAAGUCUGUUGGCUACCUUUGGGUUGUGGCUGUAUUAAUCACGUACUUGGCUAUGCAAGGUUUCUCUGUUGGUUCAAACGUUUGGUUAAGUGCCUGGAGUAAUGACAAACCUCAAGAAGAUGGUACCCAGGAUGUAAAUCAGCGGAAUUUGAGGCUUGGAGUGUAUGGUGCUCUAGGAGCAGCCCAAGGAAUUGCUGUUCUCAUGGGAUCCUUUUCCCUGUCUUAUGGAACAAUGCAGGCAUCAUCACUUCUUCAUGGUCAGUUGCUUCUGAACAUUCUUCGGUCACCUAUGCAUUUUUUUGACACAACACCCAUUGGUCGAAUUGUCAAUCGUUUCUCUAAAGAUAUAGACACUUUGGAUAUCACAAUUCCCAUGAACUUAAGAAGCUUUUUGGCUUGCUUUCUUCAAGUACUUGCCACCCUUUUUGUCAUCUCAUUAGAGACUCCCAUUUUUCUUGCUGUAAUAUUGCCAGUGGCUGUGGUAUAUUACCUUGUACAGAAAUUCUACAUAGCAACGUCACGUCAACUGAAAAGGCUGGAGUCUGUUACCAGAUCACCAAUUUAUUCGCACUUCUCCGAAACGCUGGCAGGAGUCAGCACCAUUAGAGCUUAUAAUGCACAGGAACGUUUUGUUCGUGAGUCCAAUUCCAGAGUUGACACCAAUCAGUCGUGCUAUUUCCCCAGCACAGUUUCUAAUAGAUGGUUGGCCAUCAGGCUUGAGUUUUGUGGAAACUGUAUUGUUUUCUUUGCUGCCUUGUUUGCUGUUCUUGGAAGAGAUACUCUCAGUCCUGGCUCUGUUGGGUUAUCUGUCAGCUAUGCAGUCUCAAUCACUGCUGUUUUGAAUUGGAUGGUACGGAUGAGUUCAGAACUGGAGACAAAUAUUGUGUCAGUGGAGAGACUUUUAGAGUACACUACUACCCCUAAUGAGGCUCCUUGGAAUGUUGAAGACCACAAACCUCCAAAAUCGUGGCCAGAUAAAGGUGUAGUUAAUUUCAAGGACUAUGCUACUCGCUACAGAAAAGGUUUAGAUUUGGUUCUGAAAGGGAUUUCAUGUAACAUGAACGAAGGGGAAAAGGUUGGAAUUGUUGGAAGAACAGGUGCAGGAAAAUCUUCUCUGACACUCAGUUUGUUUAGAAUAAUUGAAGCAGCAGGUGGUUCCAUAUCCAUAGAUGAUAUAGACAUUUCCAAAAUCGGACUUCAUGAUCUUCGAUCAAAACUGACCAUUAUUCCUCAGGAUCCAGUUCUAUUUUCUGGUACUUUAAGAAUGAAUCUAGAUCCAUUCAAUAUAUAUUCUGAUGAAGAAAUAUGGAGAGCUUUGGAACACUCCCACUUGAAAAGUUUUGUAUCUAGUUUGGAAGCUGGACUUGAACAUGAAGUAGCAGAAGGAGGGGAGAAUUUGAGUGUGGGACAGAGACAGUUAGUUUGUUUAGCUCGAGCCCUCUUGAGAAAGACAAAGGUUCUUGUGUUGGAUGAAGCCACAGCAGCAGUGGACUUGGAAACUGAUGACUUAAUUCAAGCCACAAUCAGGAAGGAGUUUUCUGACUGUACAGUUCUUACAAUAGCUCAUCGACUCAACACAGUUAUGGACUAUACCAGGGUGAUGGUUUUAGACCAAGGAAAGAUUAUUGAGUUUGAUUCCCCAGAAGCCUUACUCAAAGAUAGUACUACAGUAUUUUAUUCUAUGGCCAAAGAUGCUGGACUUGUAUAAUUACUUGUAAAUUAUAAAAUAAGUGUGCUAAACAAUUAAAGUGCAGUGUUUUUUACUGCAUGUGGCAAGUUGAACCGUCGUCAUUUGAAUAAUUUAAAAUGUUGACAUGAAAGUUUUGUGAUUCUUUUAAAUGUUUUUCAUUCCUUGGUGAUUUGUAUUUAUUUAUAUCAGAUAUAUAAUUGAAUAAAUUCCUGCUUAUGAAAUAGAAAUGAUUUCCCCCUGAUAUUAAUCUAAUAGCUCUGGUUAAAUCGAUACCACCUUUGUCUUUUUUGGUCAGUAAUGAGACUUUGUUUUUUGGUGAUGAUGUUUUACUGUAAUUAACAUAGUCUAAGUUUUCCCCAGUUAAAACUAAUUGGUAACUGCCCCUUCUUCAAAUAGUUGUCAUUUUACUAAAUUUCAUUACUGUUUAUGUAUGUGUGUAUCGAAUCAUCUCAUUUUUUUCACUAUUUGUUAUCUUUUGAAACAGUACACAAAGAAGGGAAAGUGCCUAGUGGCAAUAUCAUUUAAACAAGUGUUAUUUUGUAGAUGUUUUCAAUGUACUUCCAAAAAAAAGUGCCGAGUAAAUUUGGAACUCUAUUACAA